AUGUUUGAUUAUUUUUUCGGUAGUAAAACAGAAAACAAAAAAUUAAAAGUAAAUCAGGUUUUAAAAAAAUACAAAGAUUUAUAUGCAAUAACAAUUGAAAAUGUUUUUACAAAAGAAGAAUGUGAAGAAUUAAUUAGAUUAUCAGAAGAAAAAGGAUAUGAACCUGCAUUGGUAAAUACCGGAAAUGGUCAACAAGAAUUAAUGACAGAUGUAAGAAAUAAUGAUAGAUGCAUAAUAGAUACAGAAGAAUUAUCAAAUAAAAUUUAUGAGAGAAUUAAGGAAUUUAUCCCACAAGAUUUUAGAGGUCACAAAGUUGUAUCAUUAAAUGAAAGAUUACGUUUUCUUCGUUAUUAUCCAGGUCAAGAAUUUAAAGCACAUUUCGAUGGUUCAUAUGAAAGAACUGAAGGUCCAAAGGCAGGUGAAAGAUCACAUAUCACAUGUCAAUUAUAUUUAAAUGAUGUUGAAAAAGGUGGUGAGACAACAUUCUUUGUUGGCCCAAAUCAAGAAGAAAUUAAAGUCAAUCCUUCAACUGGAAUGAUAAUUUUAUUUCAACACAGAAUUUUACACCAAGGUUCACCAGUAGUUUCUGGUGUAAAAUACGUAAUUCGUUCUGAUGUUAUGUAUAAUAGUUAA